ACUUCUUUCUUGUCCACUUCUUUCUCACUACUUUGCAAUCUCACUUUCAGCUCUUAAUUGACAAAUAACACCUCUGCAACCUUUAGUUCGUCCCACUUCAUCUCAAUCUACUUCACAAUGGGUUGGUUUAGCUCCGACGAGAAGUCUGUCCUGGCUACGCAUCCUGUCAACGUCGACGUCACAACAAAGUCGAGUUCUGCUGCCGAGCAAGACCGAUACGCCCAGCACUUCUCCUCGGACGCCAUCAAGCGCGGUGUCGAACAGGGCAUCGAUAAGCUCCAGAACGCGGCCAAUGCUGCCGGCUCGGGUGCGGAACAAGAUCGCUACGCCUCGCAUCUCAGCAUUGGCGACCGAGGCUACAGGGCCAUCAGAGAGGCUGCCAAGUACCAGGGUGAUGGUGCUGAGCAGGACCGGUACAACGCGCACUUUAGCCCCGCUCUACACAGCUUUGAUGCUGUAAAGGCCGUCCAGGCAGCAGGCAGCGUGGUCGCCAAUGGAGAGAAGAAUGCUAGCUGGUAUGGUCUGGGCUACGAUGGUCGGCAGAGGGCCAAGUUGAUGGCUGGUAGUGGCAUGGGGGCUGAGCAGGAACGUCUCGGCUCGCAUUUCGCCCUUAGCAAGGACAGUGUUGCCAAUGCUGCACAGAGGGUGAAGGAGGGUGCACAGGAUGUUCUUUCUCGGAGAUGAGCAGUAAUCAUACGAUGCGAUCACAAUCACCACAGUUGACGCUGACGAAUAUGUCAGGUAUGUAGUUGUACGGCUUUAUAAUUGUAACAUAACAUGUCGUCUGCCAAUACAAAAUGAACUCUUAGAGGAUCUGCAAAGCAAUGGAUACAUUUCCUUGUAUGCCAA